GAUAGCGGUUUAUGCUCCUUGAGUCAGCUCGACCGCGGAAAGCGAAGAAGUUGACAUUGGCGAGCUAACUGACUUACGCUGCAAGGCGAAUCGCCAUAUUGAACUAUACACACUACAUGCAACCAUGCAUCAGGGCAGUGAAGGCUGGCUGCAGCUCGCCGUAAAGCAACCGAGGCGGUUUUAAGCGGGUCGUUGGGUUGCUUUUAAGGCCUCCUGCAGCGCCCCUUCAAGCCGUCACAAUAUUGCUACCAAAAGCAACCAAAAGCUAGUGAUCAAUAUUUCGGCCAGGUUCAUUACGUGACGGGCUUCGCGGCAGGGCCCUGAGUCGGAGGGUCCGCAACGCACACACGCCGUCUGACGGCAUGUAUUCAUCUUAGCACUCGACAGUCCUUCAGCGCGUGAGAAACAUUCGCCGCAGAGUCCCGUCGCAACACCAACCGCACGGUUGGUGCCUCAAGGAAGGUACUCCAUCAUCACGCCAAUAGCCGAUAGCUUUACUCUGGACCCGCAGUGGUAGCUUCAAACUUGGCCUGUGACGGUUUCGUCGGCCACCGUUUCAGCACACACGCUACUGGCGCCAGGCGAACCCGAGGACACGCAGAUUGCAUUGGAUACCUGAGGCAGCGAGCAAUUAGAAGGCCCGCCAUGGCGCCACUCCAAAGCAGCAGCUCUGCUGCGGGCCGCGGAUCCAUUACGUCAGCUGCGGCAUCAGCCAUGCUAUUGCCGCUACUCUUGUUGCUUCUUUCGGCCCCCUUCAUCGCGUCUGCAGCAUCAGCAGCAUCAGCAGCCGAGGAGGCCUCAGCUGAGGCCGUAGCAGACCACAGCCGGGGCCUGAAGGCUCUAGGCGGCGGCCAUUGGCACGUGCAGCGGCGGCCGCAGCUAGCGGCAGCAGCCGCCAUCUCUGCCGCGGCGGCGACGUCAGCUCGGCUCACGGCGGCAGAGGUUGCCGGCGGCGCCGCCUCCGCCGCCGCCGCCACGGAUGGUGGGUCGGAGCAGUUGGCCUGGUCAGCGGACCCGCAGCUGCAGCAGGGCCAGACCUUCGGGCACAGGCGCAGCCUACUGAAAGCCAAAAAGGGAGACAGCAACGCUGGCAGUAGUGGCAGUAGUAUCAGCGGCAUGACCAUCAUUGCCGGCGCCGCCGCGACGCCGCCGCUGGCGCCCAAGAAGCAUAAGAAAUCGCCGCCGCCCCGGUCGCCGCCGCCCCGGUCGCCGCCGCCUCCCCGCCGCCACAAGUCGCCGCCGCCGGUGCGGCCGCUGACAGAGCCGCCCCUGCCCGCGCCUCCAACUGUGCUUGAGACCACUGACGCGCCGCCGCCCCGGAGCCCACCGCCCCAGCCAGCUCCUCCUCCUCCGCCGCCACCGUCCCCGACUCCUUCACCUCCACCCCCAUCCCCUUCCCCGCCAAGCCCCCCACCCCCCAGCCCUCGCCCGCCCAGCCCGCGCCCCCCUCCGCCCCCCUCCCCGCGGCCCCCCGUGCCUCCGCCCCGCCCUCCUCCCCCAUCUCCUCCACCCCCCUCCCCGCCGCCCCCUUCCCCACCACCCACCAGCCUCCCGCCUCCGCCGCUGCCCUCUCCCGAAGAAAGCUCCGGCCCGAGUGAUGGCUAUGACGGUGAAUACGGUGGCGAGGAUGGCUACAUGGGCGGCGGCAGUGGCGCCGGCAACGCCACAGACGCCGACAACUCAAUGGACGAGCCGGAGUGGCCGCCCUUCCCACCGCCACACCCCCGCGAUGCCAACGCGCCCAGCCCGCCACCGCCGCCGCCACCAGCCCCCGGGUCGCGACACGGGCAGUACGAGUUCAUCGGCAGCGCCAAUAUCAUUGCCGUACACCUCAUGGCCGUACCGGGCACCGACAACUUCCUGUUCAUGGAGCGGCCCAGCGGCCGCCACCCCGACGGCAGCCACAACAUUGCGGGCUUCCUGAACCUCCCCACACGCGCCUGGACGCACCUGUACUCGCCGGACGGUCUGUUCUGUGCGGGUCACACCUUUCUGGACACCGGCGACCUGCUCAUUGUGGGAGGGCACCAGGCCAACGCGGGCUACCCGGACGGCAUGAAGUCCAUCCGCACCUUCAACCGCACCUGCACUGACCUGCAGCUGCGCAAGGUCGUAGAGAUGGCCUGGAAGCGCUGGUACCCCUCUGCCACGCUGCUGCCAGACGGCAAUGUGCUGGUCAUGGGAGGAACACAGGGUGUGGGCGCGGGCACCGCAAACAACCCCUUCUGGGAGAUGUUCUACCCAAGCAACGGGACCACACGGACAUUCGCCAUGAAGCCCAACUACCUGGACAGCGCGGAGCAGGUCUACUACCCCUUCAACUACGUGCUGCCCUCGGGCCUGCUGUUCACCUUCUGCGGCCGCUCCGGCUUCAUCCUGGACUACACCAACAACACCUGGAUGCAGAACCUCCCCCGGCUGCGCGGCUGGGCCACCACUCAGUACCCCUUCACCGGCACCAGCGUCAUGCUGGGUCUGUACCCCGAGACCGGAUACACGGCCGAGGUCGUGCUGUUCGGCGGUCAGGCGGAGCGCGCCACUCGCAACCUGUCCACCAUCGCCGCCAAACAGGCGCAGCGGCUCACUCUGAGCGCCUACGACCCAGUCACCCGCAACUACAGCUUUGGCCCCACCGGCUCUUGGGUGGGUGAGAACCUGGGCUCCCCGCGCCUCAUGGGCGACUCAGUGCUGCUGCCCAACGGCAAGGUGGUUCUGCUCAACGGAGCGCAGACGGGCCUGGCGGGCGAUAGCGCCAGUGGCGGCGACACGCGGGCCAACUACCCCGUGCUGUUCGCGGAGCUGUACGACCCGGACCGACCCCAGGGCCAGCGCGUGCGGUCGCUGGGCUUCAGCCGCAUCCCGCGCAUGUACCACUCCACGGCCUGCCUGACCACCAACGGCACCAUCCUGGUGGCGGGCUGCGACCGCUGCCAGCGCUUCGUGGUGGACGAGGGCUGGACCUACGACCCCUCCCCCACCGGCAAGGCGGACUACCGCCUCGAGAUCUUCCACCCGCCCUUCGUGUUCUUCCCCUCCGACCGACCAAUCAUCCUGGCACCCAGCCUGGACGCCAGCCCGCCGCCGCCGCCGCGCGCGUCGCCGCCGCCGCCGCCGCCGCCGCCGCCCACGGGCACAAAGGCGAAGCAGCCGCUGCCCAGUCAGCACGACGACCUCGGCGUGGCGGUGGUGAUGGGGUACGGCACCACCCACCAGAUCCGCUACGCCUGGCCCGCCGGGUUUGCAGGGCCUCAACCCGGCAGUAGCAUCGGCAUGAAUGCUACAGCCCCCCCGGCGGCAGACCCUUACGACGUGUGGACUCCAGGUGUGAUUACCCGCGUGGUGUUGUCGGCCCCGUGCUCCAACACACACUCCUUCGACAUGAACCAGCGACUGGUCGGGCUGGAGAUCCUGUCCAACACGCCCGACCCCAGCACCGGCAGCAGCAGCGGGACGACCGGCAGCAGCAGCGGCAGUAGCAGCACGGUGGCGGGUGGCGUGCUGACGGUGCGGAGCCCCCCCGACAUCAACAUUGCGCCCCCGGGCAUGUACCACAUGUUCCUGGUGAAUGGGGACGUGUACAGCAGCGCGGUGUGGGUGCGACUGGCGCGACCGCAAUAGUAGUAACGAGUGCUAGCUCGGUGGAUAAUGGCGGUGUAUGUGGUCCGCCGUGCGGACGGAUGGAUGGAUAAAUGGAUGGCUGGAUUACGUGCGUAUGGAUCAGAUGCGGUAGGGGGCCCAAUUACGGUGUGCACGGCACCAGGGGCUGCAAGGUUCUUACAGCACGUGUAGAUAAUAAUACCGUAUGGUAUGUAUGCAAGCAGCGUAGGCUUCGGACCUAGAUGCUGGACGGCGCGAUAUGGUGUGAUCGCGUGUUGUUAGGUCCGAGGUAUAGGGUGGCGGCGGUGGCUGGUGCGUGGUCAUCGCUCGCACAUAGUCCGGAUGAUAGGGUAACCGGAACCCGCGUGUCGUAGACACGGGCGGAGCGCCCGUCCAUUGAUUCAACUAGCUUCAAUCUAAUAGCCGCUGUGCCGACGUACGCAUGUAUGCGUGUGCACAUAGCGUGUAUGUACGGCGGACCAUUUCUUAUCUAGCUACCUCUUGCGCGCGCCCGCCCCUUGUUCCUCGCGUAAUGCCAAUUCAAGGAAGAGUCGCUGGAUGGCGUGUGUAGCGUGUGCAUUCAUUAAUGACAGGUCCCUGUGGGGGCACGGCUGUGGUGUGCAUGAGUCAUCUAUAGCAGACUUGAAUGGCUGCCGUAUGGAUGGAUUAGCAGGCUUGGCGUAACCCAAUUUCUUCUGCACUCACAGUAGUUUCUUUCCUCUGCACUGCGAUGUAUGCCUUUUCUUCGCUGUCUCCAUGUUCCUAGCGUGGGUGCACCUGCCAUGCGGCAUGUCUGUAGUUCGCAAAGAAAGUGGUCUGCAGGUGUCUAUCUGCGCACAAUGCGGCAUGCACGAUGGCGUGAGAUCCUGCCCGAGUAGUCCCACAGUAUGUAGUGUAAUCAUAGCCACAAGCAAGACUCCUUUCUUCACCAUUAUCAAGGCACAA